CAUUCAGCCCCCUUGACUUCUUGGCAACUGCUCAGGGUUAUCACUUCUCAUCUAGGGUUUACAUUUGGAAAGAGGCUAUGUCUCUCUAUAAACCAUACCCGUCUAGCUCUUCGUCAUCUGGGCUGCCAUCACAUACUACAGAGUUUGAUAUCUUGAAGUCAUCUCAUAGGUUCCUUCAUGAUGACACGGACGGGAAGAAAGACCUGUCCUGGAGCGACCAACUCGCUCGUAAAUACUACGAAAGCCUCUUUCGCGAGUUUGCGGUCUGUGAUCUGAAACACUACAAGAGUGGCAAUUUCGCUCUUCGCUGGCGGACGGAAUCAGAAGUUCUAUCAGGUGCUGGGGAAAAGACCUGUGCAAAUACGCGAUGUCCGGACCAUGAACCUAGUUCAGACCAGCUGGAGCAUCCAGACGCCCCACCUUCGAUACCGUUAACCACUCUCGAACUGCCGUUCGCUUAUGAAGAGCAGGGAGAGACAAAGAGCGCGCUUGUGAAGGUCGUGCUUUGUGGACGGUGUGUUACGAAGCUGAUGUGGAAGCGAAAUAAGGAGAAGGAGAAGGAGAAGGAACGGAUGGAUCAGGAGAAAUCUAGAGAGAGUUAUGGGGGAACGAAGCGCAACAUGGGCGCCGCACUCUCUAGCGCGGAGGGCAAUGCGGCAGGACGGAGAAGAUCGGACGGGCUGGGUAGGGUUCAAGACACUUCGCCAGGGGAUAAGUCCAAUCACGGGUACUUGGGUGGCGAGGAAGAAGGCGAAGCCUCUCGCUCGAAAAAACGUAGAGGGGAUGAGACUGGCCGAGAUGGUGGUAGACCUCGACGACGAAGCUCUCGCUCAGUAUCUCCUAUAAGACGAAAAUCCGAAGCCCGCUCGAAUCGUCAUCGUCGAUCGGCUUCCCCUCGGCAAUGA